AUAAAAAUUCAAAGAUAUUCACAGAUAGACGUUCCACUCUAAAGUGAAAUUUACUCAUUUUGCACCAUGUUGUCUUUCAAACAACUAGUAAGAAUCGCAGUGCCAGGAUUUAGGCUCAUGUCAGCUGGACCUGCUAGGUUGGUGGAUAUAGCUGAUGAUGGAGGUAUUGCUGUGGUGACGCUACAACGAGCGCCGGUCAACAGUUUAAACUUGGAACUACUGCAAGCUAUGAACAACGCGCUUGAUGAUGUGGCCAAGAACAAACCUAGAGGCAUGAUUUUGACUUCUGGAUUACCAACUGUGUACUCUGCUGGUGUCGACAUAAACGAACUGUACAAGCCAGAUCUAAAAAGACUCCAACAGUUUGCGACCACUUUGCAAGACGUCUGGAAGAAAUUAUUUGGGUUUCCGUUUGCAACAGCGGCGGCCAUAAACGGCCACGCACCAGCCGGUGGUUGCUGCCUAGCCAUGUCUUGCGAAUACCGCGUCAUGGUCUCUGGCAAAUACAGGAUAGGUCUCAACGAGACCGCUCUCGGCAUCGUUGUCAACGAGUAUUUCAUGGACACUAUGUGCCACACCAUAGGAACGAGACAGACUGAGCUGGCUCUCACUACGGGAAAGAUGUUCAAUGUCGAUGAAGCUUUACAAGUUGGCCUGAUUGAUGAAACAGCAUCUGAUACAUCUGAUGCAAUAGAGAAAUGCAAGAGGUUCAUAAAAAGAUUUGAUAAAAUACCUCCUUCAGCGCGCACUUUAACUAAAUUAAGAAUUAGGCAAAGACCUUUAGAGAAUAUGGAAAAGACUCGUGAAAAAGAAAUUGUUGAUACGCUUGAAUUUGCGAUGAAGCCAGAAAUACAGCAAGGUCUAGAAGAUUAUAUGAAGAGUUUGAAGAUAAAGGCUUCCACAUGAACUUUGAAUGAGAAGAAAGACAACCAUUCAAAAACUUCGAACGUUGAACUGACUAUAACAAAGCGUCGAUAAUAUGUAGAAUUAUGUAAUAUAAUAAUAUCAUAAGGAAGAGAACUGAAGGCUUAUGAAAUAAAACUUGACGACCGGUUUGGCGCAGUCGGUAGUGACCCUGCCUGCUACGCCGCGGUCCCGGGUUCGA